AAUUCAACUCAACUGACCACAAGGCACAUUAUGAAAAUACUUUAUAGCUUUCUCAAUCCUCGGUGUCGGUAGCCUAUUUCUCAACUAUCUUCAAAGUUCAAACCUUAUCCAGACAAACCAAACAUGGGUGGCCAGAAUGAUGACGUUUCUGCAACUUCCGGCAUCAAUUUUCCGUUAAUUGAAUCGGUCGACAAGCACAAAACAAAUAAAUUUUCUUUUGUAUGUGCAACCAUCGCUUCCAUGUCUUCCGUCUUGCUCGGUUAUGAUAUAGGUGUAAUGAGUGGUGCCGCAAUCUACAUUCAAGAGGAUUUCAAGAUUUCUGAUGUGAAAGUGGAAAUCCUGGUCGGAAUCAUCAGUCUUUACGCAACUAUUGGCGCCACCGCCGCCGGAAGAACCUCCGAUUUGUUCGGCCGCCGCUACACCAUGGGUCUCUCUGGCGGAUUCUUUUUCGUCGGAGCCAUUCUCAUGGGGUUUGCCCCUAACUACGGCCUCCUAAUGGCCGGAAGAUUCGUCGCCGGAAUCGGUAUCGGAUACUCUUCGUUGAUUGCCUCUGUUUACACCACCGAGGUUUCUCCGGCAUCUUUUCGCGGCUGUCUUUCCUCUUUUCCUGAGGUGUUUCUUAACUUUGGUAUCUUGCUCGGAUACAUUUCGAAUUACGCUUUCUCCAAGCUUCCGAUUCAAUUAGGAUGGAGAUUUAUGCUCGGAAUCGGAUUAGUCCCAUCGGUGUUCUUAGCCGCCCUUGUGAUUCUGGUAAUGCCGGAAUCCCCACGAUGGCUUGUAAUGCAAGGCCGUCUUGGCGAAGCCAAGCAAGUCCUCAUAAGAACCUCAGAUUCAAUUGAAGAAUCUCUUCAACGCCUUGACGACAUCAAAACCUCUGUCGGAAUUCCAGCGAGUUGCGAAGACGACGUCGUUGAAAUCCCAAAACAGAUCAGCCACGGCAGCGGCGUGUGGAAAGAGUUCCUUCAUCCAACGCCGGCCGUUCGCCACAUCUUGAUAGCCGCCGUCGGCGUGCAUUUCUUCCAGGAAGCCUCCGGCACGAAUGCCGUCGUUUUAUACAGCCCUAGAAUCUUCGAGAAGGCAGGAAUCUCGUCAUCUGACCAGAAGCUCCUGGCUACGGUGGCCGUCGGCGUCGUAAAAACCGCGUUUAUCUUGGUGGCGACCAUUCUGUUCGAUCGAGUGGGACGGCGGCCAUUGAUUUUGAUGAGCCUCGGGGGAAUGAUCGUAUCUUUGAUAACAUUAGGGGUUGGGUUGACGAUUAUAGAGAGGUCGAAGGAGGAAGGCACGUGGCUGGUGGGGUUGUGUGUUUCGAUGGUGUUAAUGGAUGUGGCAUUUUUCUCAAUGGGGAUUGGGCCAAUGAGCUACGUGAGCUCGGAGUUAUUUCCGUUAAAGUUACGAGCUCAAGGGAUGAGUAUGGGGAUGGUGGUGAACAACGUGACCAGUGGAAUUGUGUCAAUGACGUUUUUAUCCCUAUACCGUGCGAUUACAAUAGGCGGCGCGUUUUUUCUCUAUGCUGCCAUUGCGAUGGUUGGUUGGGUGUUCUUUUAUGUGACAUUUCCGGAGACACGUGGGCAUAAUUUGGAGCAUGUUGAGAGGCUUUUUGGUAAUUUGCUAUGGAAAUUCUCCGUUAAGAAGAAUGAUACCUUAGAUGACGACGAAAACAGUGAAAAUGCUUAGAAAUUAAGGGCUUUUCUUUUCUUUUUCUUUUUCUUUUUCUUUUUGUUUAAUCACUUUCUGAAAUUUCAAAUAUACCAAAAUUAGGAGGGUUUAAAUUCAA